UUAAACGCUUCUCUGAAGUUCUCUGUCGAAUUUUGUAUUUAGCGGUGUGAUUCUGUGAUUGUUCAUUGUUCGAGUUGUUUCCCAUUCCCUGAUUUCUUUGUUUGCAAGGUUCCUCAAAGUGGAACUGCAGUAUCUAUUGGAAAGUGUCUUUACUAUUCUUUAUAAUACAAAGUGCCUACUGGAUAAGUGUUAAAAUUUUGUUGGAAAUUUGAUUUUUGAUAACUUUCACAAUGUCAAGAGAGAUUUACUAUUCGGACAAGUAUUACGACGAAGAACAUGAGUACAGGCAUGUGGUGUUACCAAAAGAAAUGGUGAAACUAGUUCCCAAGAAUCAUUUAAUGUCAGAACAAGAAUGGCGAGGCAUUGGAGUGCAGCAAAGUCAAGGAUGGGUUCACUAUAUGACGCACAAACCCGAGCCUCAUAUUUUGCUGUUCUGCCGAAAAAAGACCACCCCUCCAGAGAAGAAGUGACAGACUUUUAUGGUUUGCUUGUGAAUAAGUUUUAGUUCAUAGUUAUCAAUUGGCCAUAGCAGGUAAUGUCUAAUAACAGGCAUAAAUUGACUAAUAAUUUCUUAUUUAAAAAAAGGCAGUAUGUAAUAUGACACCACCAGUAAGUAAUGAGUAGAUUUCUUCUUGAAAUUUUAAAAGUUGGUAACUUCCGAAAUUAGGAUUUUAAGUAAACUUGUAGCUUUCUAUAGUUCAUUUUAGUAUGGUCAUGGAUGCCAUUAACUUCAUGUGUUGCUUUUGAAUUCAAAUUGUUAAUUACUGUGCAGAAAUCUUCCCAUUGCUUCUUUGCUUUGGUAUGUUUUUAGUUGACGAGUAGCUUAUUCAUUUUAAUAUGACAGAUAUAAUGAAUAUGCACCAAAUAAAAUCAUUCUGCUGUAGGAUGCAUAGUAAAUAAGGUAAUAGUGAUUUUUUUAGUUUCGUUUCCUCUACUGUUAUGGGCCAAUAUCUUGAUCUUCAUUCCACAUAUUAUUAAGUGUUUUGUAUUAGUGUAGUCGUUAGUGUAUAAGAAUCAUUAAACCAACCACAAGUGCUAUUCUACUUAUUAUGUGAUAGAUGUAACAGUUGUGAUAGCCUAGAUCAUGCAACUUUGUCAACUGUUGAAUAGUGCUUCUGCUUUAAUUAUGAACAGUUAUUGAUAUUUUACUUACAUAAUUGUGCCCUGGAUACUUUGUUUGACAUUUGAUAUGUAAAUUGUGUAUCAAUUUUUAGGGUUCCGUAAAUGUGAACCUAUUAUAAGACACAAGAGCUGCCGCUAGGUAUAACAACAAAUACUAAAAAGUACGGAACCCUCGGUGGGCGCGUCCGACUCGCACUUGUCCGAUUUUUAAUUCUUAUUGACAAAACAUUGCUUGGGAUUUGUACAUAAAUGUUUAAAUAAUUGAAUCAGAAUGCUCAUACCAAUCUUAUGGUUAUUAUUGAAUUGGAUUGUAAUUCGGUGACUGGUUAAUUUCAUUUGGUACAUAAAUUAUUUGGUGCUAUGUUACAAA